ACCGAAGACCUAACUGCCCGAGCGAGAAGCGGCGCCUGGGGCCGGGUGGCACGGUUGGGGCGCCCGCCUUGGGGCCCCCGAGCGGCUGCUGGGUCGGGAGCCACAGUCACGGGGGGAAGGGGGUGGGUGGGCUGAGGGCAACUAGGCGGCGAGCACAGCCCGCCGCCCCUUCCCCCCAGCCCCGUCGACCUUGUGGGCAGAAGCGUCCCCGGAGCCCGUUCCGCCGGCGCGAUGGCGGCUGCUACCGAGACGGAGGCCUCCCCGCCGACGGACGCCAGCUGGGAAAGUGGCGGCGGCGGGAACGACGAGCUGAAGCAGGCGCUUCCGGAGCUGGAAUCCUCCCCACAAGAUGGCGGCGGCGGCGGCGGCGGCCAGAGCAUCGCGGAGCCCGGCGGCGGCGCCGGGCCUCAGGAGACGGCAGCGUCCUCGGCCGCCCCGGGCCUCGUCCACGAGCAGCCUCAGGACCCCUGUGAGGCGGGCGCGGCCGCCCUGCCCAAAGGCCCCGAAGAGCCCGAAAGGCCCGUUAAGAGGAGUUUUCAGAUCCCCAGGAAGAGCAGAGAAAAGAAAGCACUUUUUCAGCCAUUAACUCCAGGCUCUCGAGAAUUUGAAGAUGUUUUAAAUAUUCUCCAUUCAUCUUACCUUGAACCAACCUCAGUAACAAAUUUUAACUACAAACGUGCUUGCUUGAUACAUAAUGAGCUUUUGGAAAAGGAGUUUACAGAAAAGCGAAGAGAACUGAAGUUUGAUGGUCGUUUAGAUAAAGAACUUUCAGAAUCUUAUGCAUUUCUGAUGGUUGAUCGAUACCAGGUUCAAAGCAUAUGUGAAAAAGGAUUACAGGUGGGCCAGUCCAAAAUAACAAUUCUUGGCAGUCCUUCCAUGGGUAUCUAUCUAUCUCGGUAUGCAGAUUUAUUACAAGCUAAUCCUUUGGAAGCUGGGGCAGUGGGCGAUGUUGUUCUUUUUAAAAUAAUGAAGGGUAAAGUAAAGAGUAUAUACGACUCCAUGGGUAUAAAAAGUUUGGAAUCUGUAUUGAAUAAAAGUGCUCUGGACCCAACCCCAAAGCAUGAAUGCCAUGUGUCGAAGAAUGCCAGUAGAGUCACAUCACUUUUGGCCUAUCGAGCCUAUGAGCUCACUCAGUAUUAUUUUUAUGAGUAUGGCUUUGAUGAGCUGAGGCGAAGACCAAGACAUGUGUGUCCAUAUGCAGUUGUGUCUUUUACUUAUAACGAUGAUACACAAAUUCCAAAGUUUGUACCUUCAUCGAGAUCUAACAGCUUCAAUUCAGAUAGAAACACAGAUAAAUUCAGCUACACCUUGUGGAAAGGACAGCUUUUAAAUAAAGGAAAGCUUUUGUGUUAUAUUUCUCUGAGGUCAGCCACUCGUGCUUUUUUGCCUAUCAAGCUUCCUGAGAAAUUAGAUGUUGAAACAGUUAUGAGUAUUGAUCAUCUGAAACAGAAAAUCCCUCCAGCACUCUUUUAUAAGGAAACAUACUUAGGUCCAAAUGAAGUUUUGAAGAAUGGAAUGUAUUGCAGCCUCUAUGAAGUUGUAGAGAAGACAAGAAUUGGAAGUAACAUGGAGAGUUUACUGCAAAAACUAGAGAAAGAAAAACUUGUUCUUGUUAAACCUUUGGGAGACCGAGGAUACCUUUUUCUUCUCUCUCCUUGUCAAAUGGUUUCUCCAUAUGAACAUCAAACUGCCAAGUCUCGAGUCCUACACGCCUUAUUUCUAUUUCAAGAGCCUAGAGGCAUAGUUUCUUCACAGAAAGUUUCAACUAGUGCAGCACCACAGGAGAGACAUGAGAGCAUGCCAGAUGUAUUAAAAAUAACUCAGUUUUUACAAUUUGCUUUGAUUCAGUGUCGAAAGGAAUUCAAAAGUAUAAAUACUGUAAAUUUCCAUUCUGGUGUUGAAAAGUAUGUAAGUGAAUUUUUUAAGCGAGGUUUUGGUUCAGGUAAACGAGAAUUCAUCAUGUUUCCAUAUGAUUCACGAUUAGAUGAUAAAAAAUUCUUAUACUCAGCUCCAAAAAAUAAAUCCCAUAUUGAUAACUGUUUGCAUACCUAUAUUUUUCGGCCUGAAAUGUAUCAGUUACCUAUUUGUAAAUUAAAAGAUCUAUUUGAAGAAAAUAGGAAACUUCAACAGUUGAGCCCACUUUCAGACUAUGAAGGCCAAGAAGAAGACAUGAAUGGUACAAAAAUGAAAUUUCGAAAACGAAAUAACUCAAGGGGUGAAAUUAUUAUACCUGCAAAGCAGAAGUCAUCUCACUCUUUGGAUUAUGAUAAGGACAGAGUUAAAGAAUUGAUUCACUUAAUUCAGUGUAGGAAAAAAAAUGUGGGUGGGGACUCCGACACGGAAGAUAUGAGAAGCAAAACUAUCUUGAAGAGGAAGCUUGAGGAUCUACCUGAAAAUAGGAGAAAGCUCGCCAAGACCAGUAAUAUAUCUGCAAAUUGCCAUCUGUGUGAAGAGUCUCCGCAGCUUGUCGGCUCCCUUGGGCAUGAUGCCGACUGGAACCAGAGGCCGCAGGACACUCCUCCCUCGGGUCUGGCCGACUUCCACAGGCUGUUUCAUUGGCUGUCAGAAACACUAGCAAAUGCACGCCAUUCUGAUGACUCCCUGACAGACACAGUCAACAAAGCCUUGGGGUUGAGUGCUGAUGAUGCUUAUGAAGAGCUGAGGCAGAAGCGCAAGGACGCACUGAACCCUGAUAAGAAAGAAUAUGAGCAGCCUGCUUGUGCAAAACCUGAAAAGGCACGUUUUAAGGGUACUCAGAGCUCACUGGUAGAAGCUGAUCCAUCAUCUCUGAGGUAUCCCUUCGCCGUUCCUGGCAGUGAAGUAGGCCCUAAGCAUAAACUGCCUCUGAAAGAAGAUCCAAAUUUAAUUAGCAUGGAUGAUUUUGGAAAUUGCACAGUGUGUCCUGAUAUUCUCAUUCAACACGCAUUCUGUAGACAGUCUAAGUCAAAUAUUGUUGAAGAGGCUGAAAUACAUUGGAAACUGAUUCCAAUCACAGGAGGGAGUGCGAGGAGCCCAGGGGACGCGCCGGGGAGACAUGGCGAGAGACGGACACCAGGUAUGAAAUCACCAGAGGCACAGCUGGUGUGCCUGCCGCCGCAGGAGGCCUUGCCUAACGAUCCCCGGGUAAUAAGUAGGCAGAGAAGUUCUGAUGACCAGUUUCCAUCCUCUCCAUUUACAGACACGCUAAGGGGCACCACCGAGGAGGACGCACAGACAGGGCAGGUGGUGCCAGCAGCAGAGCCGCCCGCAGCGUGCGAGACCACAGAAAGGACAGUGUUAGGGGAGUACAGUCUCUUUUCUAGGAAGGUAGAAGAGAUUUUGAAGCAAAAGAAUGUUUCCUAUGUCAGUCGAAUAUCCACUCCUGUCUUUUCAACACAAGAGAGGAUGAAACGGCUUUCUGAGUUCAUUUAUUCUAAGACUUCCAAAGCUGGUGUACAGGAGUUUGUGGACGGUUUGCAUGAGAAACUAAAUACUGUUAUUAUCAAAGCAUCAGCCACGGGUGGGGCUUUGCCACCAGUCAGUCCCAAUGACUCUGGUACUAAGAUAGCCCUGAAUCCUCCGGGAAGCCACGUCAUACCAGUUCCCCCAAGUGACGUCAGCAGUAAACACCUUGAGUCACUUGGUAGUGAUACCUUGAAAGAUACCAACUCUAGCGAGCAGCAUUCCUCUUCAACACUGGGUGUAACUGAAGUAGAAGAAAACGAGCCACCCCACGGCUCCGAGCUGGUGGUAACUUCAGAUCAUGCCACACCUGGUGACGGUGCCCGGGAACCAGCAGAAAGAGAAGCUACAAAGUCACCCAGCGAUGUAAACAUUUCUGCCCAGCCAGCGCUUUCUAAUUUUAUCAGCCAGUUAGAACCUGAAGUAUUUAACAGUUUGGUUAAAAUCAUGAAAGAUGUCCAGAAAAAUACUGUGAAAUUUUAUAUUCAUGAAGAAGAGGAGAGUGUGCUGUGUCAGGAGAUCAAGGAGUAUCUUAUCAAAUUAGGCAAUACAGAAUGUCAUCCAGAACAGUUCUUGGAAAGAAGAUCAAAAUUAGAUAAACUAUUGAUUAUUAUUCAAAAUGAAGACAUUGCAGGUUUCAUCCACAAGGUACCUGGCUUGGUGACUUUAAAGAAGCUCCCCUGCGUUAGUUUUGCUGGUGUUGACAGUCUGGAUGAUGUUAAAAAUCAUACAUACAAUGAAUUAUUUGUAUCUGGCGGCUUUAUUGUGUCUGAUGAAUCCAUUUUAAAUCCAGAAGUUACCACAAUCGAGAACCUUAAAAAUUUUUUGACAUUCCUUGAAGAACUUAGUACUCCGGAAGGAAAGUGGCAAUGGAAAGUGCACUGUAAAUUUCAGAAAAAACUAAAGGAGCUGGGCAGGUUGAACACCAAAGCUCUGAGUCUGCUGACUCUUCUGAGUGUCUAUCAGAAGAAACAUCUGGUUGAAAUGUUGUCGUACCACAAUUGUGAUUCACAAACGCGAAAUGCUCCAGAAUUGGAUUGCCUUAUCAGACUUCAGGCUCAGAACAUACAGCAACGGCACGUAGUUUUUCUGACAGAAAAGAGUAUCAAGAUGCUUUCCAGUUAUACAGAUAAUGGGAUAGUGGUUGCAACUACUGAAGACUUUAUGCAAAACUUUAAAAAUCUUGUGGGCUAUCACAACUCAGUCACAGAAGAAAACCUUCCACUGCUUGGUGCUAAUGAGAAUCUUGAGUCGCAGUCAGCUCUUUUAGAAAACGAAAAGGAUGAAGAGGAUAUGUCUCUGGAUUCAGGGGAUGAAAUCUCACAAAUAGAAGUAUGCAGCAAUUUUCAUUCAGAAAUAUUGGCGAAAGAGACCAAAGGAUCAUGUGGAACAGAUCAAAAAAAGAAUAUUCAAAUUGAGUUGCAGUCGUCUCUUGACGUGCAAAAAAGUUUAUUAGAAGAUAAGACUUAUCAGAUUGAUUCUGAAGAGAAAGCUCCUAGAGUACGCUCUGCAGGGGAGAACAGCAGUUCGACUGAGCAAGAUUCAUAUAGCAACUUCCAAGCUCAUCACAGGCAAUUAAAUAUGUCCCAUCAGUUUAGUCACUUUAAUGUUCUCACUCAUCAGACGUUUUUGGGGACACCGUAUGCCCUUUCACCAGGUCAGUCUCAAGAAAGUGAAAAUUACUUUUUAUCUGCUUAUACUCAAAGCAUGGAGAGAGAGAAAUCUCCAUCUCAAUUAAGUCGGGGCAAAAGUGAUUCUUCCAGGCCAUUUUCAAAAGACAAAUAAGUUAUGAAACUUUUCUGUUUCUUAUAAUUAAUAUUUCAUUCUCUAACAAAAGGUUUCUUGUCCUUUCUCUUCUUAUUUAAAUCAUGAUGGCCUGUAAGUUGAAGCAUCUGAAAAUUGAAAUAAAUAUAUAUAUUUUUAACAUAUAUUGUACUUGAAUUCUCAUGUUGGCACUUUUAGGUUUUAUGUUUAUGUCACCUGUAUUUCUGCUUCAAAUUGGAGCCAGUUUUAUAUACGGAACUGGAUAUUUGCAAAGGAAUAGGGGACAGCAUUGGCUUUACAUUUUUCUUCCUCUUAUGUCAGAAGAUGAUAGUAACUAACUGCUUCUGCAUUGAUAUUAACUGUUGUAUUUAUUUUAGCCUUUCUUGCAUAGUGUUUUUACGUAGGUAUAAGCCAGUGAUGUUAGUGACUCCGCAGGAGUUUGGCUCAAUACCUCAAGGUUCAUCUAACACAGUUUCACUUAGAUGAUAAAAACUAUGUACAUAGGACUUAAUACCAGGCAGCAUUAUUUUUUAUCUUUAGGCUUAGCCAUGUAAAAAUUGCCAGGUGCUAAAAUUUUGGUGAACCUAUUAUCUGAAAAUAUUUGGUAAUUAUGAUUUUUAGUGCUUGUGUGGUCUUUAACUUCAAUUUCAUAUUUCAAAAGAGGUUUCUGUUUAUUAAGGGCAUAACAACUUGGAAAAACUUCCUAAUAGAUUUUUAAAUUCACAGAUAGAUGUGGGUUUAAAGUUGAUCUCCACCAACAACUGCCUGUCCCUUACUAAUGCAAACUUGUAAAUGUUUUUUAUUGUAGAAACUGCAGUUUUCAAAGUCACAAAAAUUUCCAUGAGCCCAAACUGGGGGUUAUUUUAGUCACAGCUGGGAUGUGUUAAAUCAGACCUACCUUUUGGCACCUCAAAAGAACUUUUGGAGUUCUACCCUUUUAAAUCGUUUUAUAGAGCAAAGUUAAUGUGGUAUUUCAAUUAAUGAACUACAUAUUUUAAAAAGUGUGUAUGUAUAAGGAUGUUAACAGGUCAGAAACUCCAGACUGUGUCAAGGUAAGUAGAAUGUGUUUUUUUAUAUAGGGCUUAAUUACCCAGCUUGAAACAAGAGCAGAAAAAUAGGGUUUUUUUUUUUAAGUUUUUACAAAAAUGUCUUUUAUUGUAAAAAUUAUACACACAGCAUUUUACUAGAUAAGGUACAAGUUUUAAAUAAGCAUUUUAGAAAUCUAUUUGAAAACUACAGCUAAGCAACAAGAACAUUUUCUACAUUUAAAAUGAAGGACUAAAAUUCUCCUCUUGAUUUGCAGCUAAAGGCAUGAGAUUUGUUUCCAACUCCCUUUGCUUCUGGAGAAGGCCCUGAAAUCACAUUGAUAUGUUAUUAGUAAAGUGGGCAGCAGACUUGUAAAUUGUUCCUAUUUUACAUUUCUGUCAAUCCAGAAUUAUAUUUACUUUGAAAACAUGUAGUGAAUAAGCUCAGUUAUUUAAGGCCAUAACUGACAAAGCUUAUCUUAGAGCUUAUCUUAGCCCAGCAAUUCGUAUACUAGGUGUUCUUACUUGGAUAUUACCAUUAACUAAUGGGGUUGAGAUCUCCCUGUCCCCCAGAAGCUCUUAAGGGGACCACUGAAGAAGUCUGUCUGCCCUGUGCUGGGUUGUACUGGUUAACACAGGUCCCUGUGGAACAAGAUGUGUACAUAUUCCUUCCUCUUGACCUCUGGUCUCCACUCAGCUAGAAGGAAAGGAGCCUUGUCACCUCUAUUGUGUGGGCAACCAAAGAGCAUUCAGAAAACUAAACUAAAGGAGCUGCUUUUCUAGCUCUCUAGAAAGAUAAGCAAGCAACACUUGCAAUAACUGGAAGGGGCACCCCUAAAAUGGCAGAGGUUUUCCCUUCAAAUACAAAAAGCAGACUAACUGCAGAAACCAAUUUUGCAAGCAGCUAAAGCCAGCUGAUGGAAAAAAGUAUUAGGAAGUGUGUUACCUGAGCAAGCUAAUAAGAAGUCACUAUAGUCUGGGUAAGGUUAUGUGUAUAUUUCACACUAAAUUACAUGACUGUUCUGUUCAACAUUCAUCAUAAGAAGCAAGAGCUGCCUUACUAUGAAUUUAUUAAAGAGGCGUUAUGUAUUUUCUGGUUUUAGGGCCUUUACUGAUCAUGUUGUACCUGUUCAAAUGUAUGCAUUUUCCAUUCAAUAAAAUUUGUCCUAAUA